UAAAUGACGAAUUUGGUAUAGUUACAGUUGAAAAUGGAUCGAUGCGAAAUAAGCGGAAGCCAAAAUUCAUUAGGCAUAUUAUUCGCAAAAGAAUACUUUUAGAUGAUAACAUCAAGCAAAGUGGAAGUAAAACGGGAUAUGCUGUACAAGAAUACUUUGAUGAGUACGAAGAGGAGCCUAUUGAUUUAAGCAACAAGAAUGGACAAAGUGAGGUACUGAAUAAGCGAUGUGAUGAGGUCAUAUUAAGUAGACAGCACUGCGAAAAAAGAUCCGAUAAACGAAACGAUGAGAAGGUCGAAAGUCCAAGAAAUACUUCAUCAAGUGCCAAACGAAAGCGUAUUAAUGAAUUGGAAUUGUCAAAACUUAAUCAAAAAUAUGGCAACAGAACAUUCUCGACAUUUACGCCAACAGAGCAAGAAGAACUUCAACGUAAAGCUUCAAAUAUUUACGAAGGUGCAACAUUUCGAAGUUUUGUUGAAUUCGAAGAAUGUUUAGAAGCUUACAAAAUUGUAUGGAAUUAUCCAUACAGGAGAGCUAGUUCUGAACAUCUUCGAGAUGGCGAAGGACGUGUAAUUGACCGCUUUAAAUAUAAAUAUAUAGUGUUUCACUGCGCUCAUUAUGGGCAUCCGCGCAAAAGAGGAGGCGGUAAGCGUCCAAAUCAAAGUUAUCUUCCAUUAGGUUGCGAAGCCAGAUUUCGUUUAAAUGCCGAUACAACGAAUGGAUGCCUUCGAAUUUCAUCUUUUCACAAAGAACACCAAAAUCAUGACAACACUGAGGAAGACUACUUGCGAGUUAUAAACAAAAAGAGGCGAAGUACAAUUGAAGAAACAAUACCAAGAUGCGACAACAAUAACGAAACGAUGUUAGACGUAAAUGAUAAAAGUGCGCCUGAAGUCGCAGAGAAUAAAUUUACUCCUGUUGCUUCAUCUCCCGGAAAUUCUAUCUUUCAAAUUUCAUCCCAAGAAAACUCUGCCUUUGUGCCAGUUAUUCAUUCCGUAGAAAUGACGGAACAAGGAUUAUACCAAAUGUCACAGCAGAAUAUACCUUUGACAAAUUCUACUUUACAGUUGCUAAUAUUCGCAAUGCAGUUAUCCGAUCGAUUACAACGUAUAGAAUAUUUAAUUAUGAACGGUUCGUCUUCUUCCUCCUCGUAG